UCUCCUGUCUCUCACCUGGCUUCAGCCAUCUUGAAUAUAAUCGUGCUGUAGUUUCCCAAGUGUUUGUCCUCUUUAUAACGCACAACGUAUUAUUUUAGAUAUAUAAUUCUUGGGAACGAAAUAAGACUGGUAAUACGAGCCACUGACUCGCCUCUGCAUUUCACUGUGGUGCAUCAUUCCGUUCGGACUGGCACGUGAAAAUAAUUCUUGUCAGCAUCGAUACCAAAUGCAACAGUGUUGACAACAUAUUGUUCACUCAUUCCCAUUCUCCGUCGCUUUUUAAAUCGAUUUAAACCGCAUUCGUCGAGAGUGAUUAGGUUUGGUGGCUCAAUCAGUGCUAUUGUGCGCUUACUAUUGAAAUUCGGGGAUUAUCACUGCAGUGCAUUCAAUACCUGUUUUCAAUGGAUUAUGGAGGCGCGCCGGCGAUCGUUUGACUCAUCAUCACUCGGAAAUCUUCAGUAAUUUAAAAAAUUAAGGAAAAAUCCAAUUCCCAGAUAAUCCAAAGUGAAGGAUUGGAAAUCAGAAUGGGCUCAAAAAUUGAAUACGUCGAAUCGUCGCAUAUGUACGCAACGAAUUACAUCCGUAAUUCAAAAGCUAUAGGAGUUUUGUGGGGUAUAUUCACGAUAUGUUAUGCGAUUAUCGGUGUUGUUGCUUUUGUCACGCCAGAGUGGAUUGGAGAUCUGGAGCACGAGAAUCCAGGGAGAUUUGGAUUGUGGUCACGCUGCAGUUAUGGAGCUAAUGGUGAAUUGGGCGAAGAGUGCAUUGGAAGGCUCGACGAUCUGUCGACAGUAGCGAAUGUGCCAUUCAGAGCUAGUACCAUUCUCGUUGGUGUGGCUGUGAUAGUAGCACUUCUAUCCAUUUGCACCAUGCUUCUAUUCUUUUUCUGCCAGAGCACCACUGUAUUCUACAUUUGUGGAUGGAUGCAAAUCCUGUCUGCUGUUUGCAUGGGUGUCGGAGUUGGAGUUUACCCACUCGGUUGGGAUUCCCCGAUGGUCAGAGCUGUCUGCGGGGCCUCGGCAUCUCGGUAUAAUCCGGGGGCUUGCGCCAUUAGAUGGGCCAUACCUCUUGCGGCCAUUGCGGCGCUCGAUGCCGUCACUCUAGCAGCGCUUGCCUUCAUUCUGGCUUCUCGACAUGUUAGGCUUCAGCCAGAACCUUUCAAUAAUGGUUCAUUGUAUAAAGGCGAAGUAAAUCCAGGAUACGUCAAUGAAGCGCAAAGUGUAGCUGGAUCGAGAAAGUCAUUGUCCUUGAGGCCAGUCCUACUCGUGGCACCACCUGAGCAAGAUCGUUACAGUGAACUUUCCCGUGCAAAAUCCCAUUCACAUCACAGUUUGUACGCCGCAGGACCUCAUCCAGUUCACACACUAUCAACAAACACACUGCACUCGCAGCGUAACUUUCAACUCUAAUGUUUUCAUUGAUUACGACUGAUUUGUCCGUAAUAAUCAUUCAUGUUACCUAUUGAUGAUCGAAGCUAAACUUCGUGAGAGACCGGGUGGAGGAUAGUCAUAAUACCCGUUUUGUUUUAUUUGAGAGAAAUAAUAUUCAUCAUCUUUUAUCAUCGGUUAAUACUCAAGUAGUCGAAUCGAGUGGCGAAUGAAUCAGAGCGAAUGACUAUCAGAUAUUUUUUUAUAUUCACUAUUUUAUUGGUCUCAAAUGUGUAUUGAAUAUGUAUCUCGUCGUUAAUUUUAGUCGUUUAUAUUAAAUGUUUUUUUUUGUAUUUCAAAUGGCGACUUUUUGAGUCGUUCGGUUUGAGUAAUUUUCCAAAAAAAUUAUGUCUAUCAUCAAGAUCUGAGAGAAAAUAUA